AUGGGGAGGAAGAGGCUGGGCAGAAGGGAGGCGGGACAAGGGGCCGCCACUUGUCGCUUAGAUCUCCGGCAGCUUGACGGUGACGGUACCCACUUUUCAGACGAGAAAGCUGAGAGGCCGCCGGGGGGCCACGUGAAAGGGCUCUCGUUCAUCACCUUUAUCUGCUAUGUGGCAUCCUCAGCAUCUAACUUCCUCACGGCACCUCUGCUGGAGUUCCUGCUGGCCCUCUACUUCCUCUUUGCUGAUGCCAUGCAGCUGAACGACAAGUGGCAGGGCUUGUGCUGGCCCAUGAUGGACUUCCUGCGCUGUGUUACUGCGGCCAUCAUCUACUUCACCAUCUCCAUCACAGCCGUUGCCAAAUACUCAGAUGGGGCAUCCAAAGCAGCUGGGGUAUUUGGCUUCUUUGCCACCAUUGUGUUUGCAAUUGACUUCUACCUGAUCUUUAACGACGUGGCCAAAUUCUUCAAACAAGGGGAAUCCACAGAGGAGGCCACAGCCCACAGGGCAGAAGAAGAGAAUUCCGACUCGGACUCAGACUGAAGGCCUGGCCGUGCCCUGGCAACCCAAGCCACACAGGCCUUCACCCCUGCACCUUCUGACAGGGCUGGCUGGGAGCGCAGCCAGGGGACACUGCGUGUUGAAGGGAGGCUGUGGCUGCUGAUGGGGUGGCCUCCCACAGCUCCAAGGCUGUUCCUGAGCCCAGCAUAUGAGACUGCCCCGUUAGCACUGUUUAACCACUCUGAGCGUGAGGGUGUCAUGAAUGUUCCACCCCUUCUCCCCAUUUCUCUCCCACAGACCUUAAGCCCUUUACCUCUCUGCCAAAAAAAACCACAAGGAGACAAAGCAGACAGUCACCACCUGCCACAGGCAGCAUUUCAUGCUGGGGGGGGGGGGACCCCCCCU